AUGACGACCAACGUGUCCCUCGAAACCUCAAUGGGCACCAUCAUCCUCGAGCUCUACACCUCCCACGCCCCCAAGACCUGCACGAACUUCGCCACCCUCGCCAAGCGCGGCUACUACAACUCGACCAUCAUCCACCGCAUCAUCCCCAACUUCAUGGUCCAGGCCGGCGACCCCACCGGCACCGGCCGCGGCGGCACCUCCAUCUACGGCGAAAAGUUCGCCGACGAGAUCCACCCGGGCCUCAAGCACACCGGCGCCGGCGUCCUCUCCAUGGCCAACGCCGGCCCCGACACCAACGGCUCCCAGUUCUUCAUCACCCUCGCCCCGACCCCCUGGCUCGACGGCAAGCACACCAUCUUCGGCCGCGUCAAGAGCGGCCUGAGCGUCGUCAAGAGGAUGGGCCUCGUCAAGACGGGCCCCGAGGACAGGCCGCUGCAGGAGGUCAAGAUCGUGCGGGCAAGUGUCGUUGAGGAGAGUGAGCCGGAGGAGUGA